AUGGCAGCUACAGAGGCUCAGUUGCCCACCGACCCGAAGUACGACCAGUUCGACUUCCCCACCACCGCUCCCGAGGCCCAGCCUGGCCACCCCGGCCACACCUCCCCCGAACAGGAUGCAAAGGUGCACCAGCUCCGCGCUGAGCUCGAAAAGCUCGGCUUCACCGAGCGUUUGGAUACUUUGACCCUCCUGCGUUUCCUCCGCGCCCGCAAGUUCGAUGUCGAGCUUGCCAAGGCUAUGUUCACCGCGAGUGAGGAGUGGCGCAAGAAGUUCGGCACCGAUGACCUAGCCCGCACCUUCAACUACACCGAAAAGGAGGAGGUCUUCAAAUUCUACCCCCAGUACUACCACAAGACCGACAAGGAUGGCCGCCCCGUCUACAUCGAGAAAUUGGGCAAGAUCGACCUGAACCAGAUGUACAAGAUCACCACCGCCGAUCGCAUGCUGCAGAACCUGGUGACCGAAUACGAGAAGCUGGCCGACCCCCGCCUGCCCGCCUGCUCACGCAAGGCCGGCAAGCUCCUCGAGACCUGCUGCACAAUCAUGGACCUGAAGGGCGUCGGCAUCACCAGCGUUCCCUCCGUGUACGGAUACGUCAAGCAAGCCUCCGACAUCUCGCAGAACCACUACCCGGAGCGCCUGGGCAAGCUGUACCUCAUCAACGCACCCUGGGGCUUCAGCAGCGUUUUCAGCGCCGUCAAGGGCUUCCUCGACCCCGUCACCGUUAACAAGAUCCACGUCCUCGGCAGCGGAUACCAGAAGGAGCUGCUCUCCCAGGUUCCGGCUGAGAACCUGCCCGUCGAGUUUGGCGGCACCUGCCAGUGUGCUGGUGGCUGUGAGCUGUCCGAUAUGGGACCGUGGCAAGAGGCUGAGUGGGCUCGACCCCCUAAGUGGGCUGCUCCUAAGGCAGAGGCCACCAAGGAGGUUGCUGAGCCUGUUGUGCAGAAUGAGGAUCCUGGAUACGAGAAGAAGGAUGCUGAGGGUCAGGAAGGUGCUCAGGCUAGCGCCUAA